AUGGCGAAUUUGUACAUCGGACCCUCACGCGAGCUCUCAAGCGCAGUUGCCACAUUCGGCCGAAAAGAAGAGGAGAGAAAUGCUUGGCCGGCGAAUUGUGGAGGACGGAGAGACAUAUCCGACGGCGACAUUUCAUUGGACAGGAGACUGUCACCGCGGUCAACGGCCAAUUCUCAAGACUCACACUCACACUGCGUGCAGCGACUGCUCCCCCCAACUGUCCCUCACUCCCACGCGGCUUCUGAGGACACCGUCGGCGCCUUGUCCUCCUUCUCCCACUUCCUGCCCUUUGUCUCCUCCUCCUCGCCUCCACACCCCGCGCCCGCCAUGGCGGAACAAAAAGUCACUCCCUUCGAAGUGUCCGGCGGCGUCGACGAGUCUGGGCAGAUCAAGCCAGUAGACUACAGCAAAUUGAUCCGCGACUUUGGUGCCACGCCCAUUUCGCCCGAACUGCUCGAGAGAUUCGAAAAGGCCACCGGCCACAAGCCCCACAGGUUCAUGCGACGGGGAAUCGUGAUAUCCCACCGCGAACUCGAAAGAAUCCUGAGCAAGUAUGAGAAGGGCGAAAGAUUCUACCUCUAUACCGGGCGAGGACCGAGUAGCGACAGCAUGCACGUCGGACACAGCGUGCCUUUCGAGUUUACCCGCUGGCUACAGGAAGUGUUCGACUGCCCCCUUGUGAUCCAGUUGACAGACGACGAAAAGUUCAUGCACUCCAAGACCAUCAGCAUGGACGAUGCCACCCGGUAUGCACGAGAAAAUGCCAAAGACAUCAUCGCAUUGGGCUUCGACCCGAAAAAGACCUUCAUCUUUUCGGAUUUUGAGUACAUGGGAGGCGCAUUCUAUCGCAAUGUGUGCUUUGCCGCAAAACACGUCACGCUCAACCAGAUAAAAGGAGCAUUUGGAUUCAAUGACAGCAACAACAUCGGAGAGUUCCAUUUUCCGGCAACCCAAUCUGCCCCCUCGCUUUCAACGUUUUUCCCCCAUAUUUUUGGCGUCGACGCAAAAAGCGUCCCGAGGAUCCUUUGCCUCAUCCCUUGCGCCAUUGAUCAGGAUCCCUAUUUCCGUGUCUGUCGAGACAUCGCCGAGAAGAUGAAAUACGAGAAACCAUGCCUCAUCCACUCUCGUUUCCUCCCCGCGUUGCAAGGCGAGGGCACAAAGAUGUCUGCUAGUGUCGACACUUCUGCGAUAUUUCUCACCGAUACACCCAACGCAAUCAAAAAGAAGAUCAACCGCUUCGCCUUUUCUGGUGGACAGGACACGGCAGAGAAACAGCGUGAGCUGGGCGGGAGAACGGAUGUCGACGUGCCCUACAAGUACCUCACUUUCUUCCUGGAAGAUGAUGACGAACUCGCGCGAAUCAAGGAACAAUAUGAGAAGGGCGAGAUGAUGACCGGCGAGCUCAAGGCACUCUGCAUCAAGGAGUUACAGCAAUACGUGGGCGAUUUUCAGGAGCGGAGGAAACAGGUGACCGACGAGGUGGUACAUGACUUUUUCAGCCGGAAAGGAUUGCUAUUUAGGGGAGUCCCGGCGGACCAGAAGACGGUGACGACAGGUGCCGCCAAGGAGAACGAGCCAAAGAAAGAGGUACCUAUGCGAUGA